AUGAGCCAGAUUAGCAGUGAAUCGGAUAAAGAAUUACAGAUUGAGAACUUUUCAUCAGAGAAUACCUCUUUCACAAGUCCACAGUUAGGAAUUCCCGAGAACUAUCCGCCUCGUCCGCAUCUGCUAGACGCUUGCGUUGUAUAUUCUAAAAGAUCACACAGAAACCCUUGCCAGUGGUAUCGAGAUUCCGAAACUUAUAAAAUUUCCAAGUACAUGCUGCAAAAGAACAGUCAAAACGUUAGAAAUGGUGGGAUCGGAGCUACACUCGGCAUAGUCAAUACCGACCCUCUAGUCUCAAAUGCAACUCGGUAUUUGGUCGACAGGGCCACAUCAUCAAUCAAACGUGCUAGCGAUUCUGCGACCGAGGAUAGUGACUCUAUUGAGAAAGUUCUUAACAAAAACCCGACUAUUUUAAGCAAGGCUCCGUCAACAUCAACUUCGCAGGACACCCUGUCAGAAGAAGACGUCGAUUUCAUCCCUCUAUACAACAAGAUUUCCUCCGCUGAAGCCAGGAACGAUAGCAGUAGCCAAGCUGUUCUAAAAUUUUAUUACGAUUUCGGAAAAGGUUAG